AUGGCUGCGAAAGGCAUACCACAGCAGUCUAAUACAUUCAACUGUGGCCUUUACCUUUUGGCAUAUCUUGAGAAAUCCAUUCAAAACCCAGGUGAUUUUGUUACCAAGCUCCUUCAUAACAGAACGAAUGAGGAUGUUGACCGGUCAAUGUUGAGAUCUGAUCUAUUUCGCCAGCGCCUCCAAGUUGUCUUACCGGCUUUAUACAAGGAGCAAGAUGGCGAAGAUGGCAUGGAUGCUGAGCGACUGUUGAUUGUUGAUACCGAGCCACUGAAUAUCCUGCUGUGUGGAUGAACUGGCACCGCGCCAUGGGACGAUGCUUCCACUUUGAGUGGCUUUAAAAGACUGAGGGCCUCAAGGCGUGUUGCAGGCUUCUUCCUCCAAACUUGGCUAGGAUUCCCACAGUUAUACAAUGACGGCGCGCCGCUAUACCGUGACAUGACAAAUGCAGACCGCUGCAUGUCCUAGAUAGUUUCUCCAAUCCACCUAAAAGCCUUAAUUUGCGAUUGAAUCGCAAUGGUCAG